AUGCCAGACUUAUUUGACGGAUUUUUCACCAAAUUAGGCACCAAGCUUAAUGGAGGUAAAUCAGUCCAACAUUAUGGAGGUGCGUCACAAGUGAAUACCGGGAAAUUUUAUAAUUAUUAUUCAUCCCCCACGAAUAAUAAUUAUUGGUUACCCAGAGAUCAAUUACAACAACAGCAACAACAGGAUGUGGUUAUUCCGGUUGAUAAAGCUAGAUCAAGCAGUAUUACUUCGAUGAAUGAUGAAGAAAGUGGGAAGACUAGUAGAAUUGGAAGUGUUUCUGAAUAA